AUGGAUAAUGGUGAAGAUGCUAAUGAUGUCGAGAGGAACAAUGGUAGUUAUGUGGAUAAUGAAGAACAAAAAGAUGAUUUGGAUGAUUACAAAGAUAUAGGUGAAAUCUCAGAUGAUGAUAUAAGAGAUAUGAAAUUUGAAUUAGAGAAAAAAACUUGUGAGUUUUAUGAAACAUAUGCAGAAUAUCAUGAGUUUGCUGUAAGAAGAGAUGAGAUUGACCUGACUAGAAGUUGGAGAGUUAUUGCAUUUGAAUCCGCUCAUAAUCAUAAGUUAACUCCACAACGGUUUGUUCAUUUUAUUCCUAAGUAUCGUCGACUGAGUGAAGUUGAUAAAGCGCUUGUUGAUGGCUUGCAUACAUGUGGUGUUAGAACAUGUCAGAUUUUGGGUUUUAUGUUGGGUCAGAAAGGUGCUCAUGAAGAUUUGGGAUUUUUCAAGAAGGACCUAUAUAAUUAUUUUAGUAAUGGAGCCAAGGCUAAAAGAGAAAAUGGAGAUGCUUUUGCUGCUUUGUCUUAUUUACAGGCUAAAGCCGACAAUGAUCCGAUGUUUUUUUCGAAGUUUACCACAACAGAGGAUGGUCGUCUUCAAAAUUUAUUUUGGUCAGAUGGAACUAGCCGAUUUGACUUUGAAUGUUUUGGUGAUGUGACGAAAAGACAGACAUAUAAGUGGAUUUUAAAUGCCUUUUCUGAAGCAAUGUUCCAUAAAUGUCCAAAUGUAUUUGUUAUUGACGGAGAUGGUGCGAUGCGGGAAGCUAUUAGAGUUGAAUUUCCAAAUGCGUCACAUCGCCUCUGUUUAUGGCAUUUACAUCAAAAUGCUAUUGAGAAUGUCAAGAAUACAAAGUUCCUAGAAGAGUUUAAGUCAUUGAUAUAUGGUAACUAUACCCCCGAGACAUUUGAAGAUGAGUGGAAGAGGAUUAUUGAUGAUAAUGGUCUAUCAGAGAACAAAUGGGUUAAGAAAACUUAUGGGAUACAUGCGAGACACACCUUUUUGUGGUAUAAGAACUACAUCAAUGUGUGA